AUGGUAAAUGACGCAAAUAUAAAGUCGUCUCCAAAUUCAAAUAUCGAAAAUAAUUCGAUUGAACCAUUGAAUGUGAAUAAAACUAUUAAAACCUUGGAAUUUAAGGGAUUGCUUUGGACAUGUGCUCUAAGGGAAAUUUGUUUGACAGCCCUUUGGCUUCCAUUAGGUGCUUUAGUGCUUUGUUACGUGACGGCGUCUAUAUUCCAAGCAGAUGACAUACAUGAAACACAUUGCAGAGUUUAUAAUGUAGUCCCGUCAAUAAGUGCAAUUACUGGGAUCAGUCCACAAAGAUACAUUUGGAGGAUAUGUAUUGCCUACCAUUUAGGACCAAGACUUUUGAUAGGCUCCUUGUAUUACAACUACCAUAAACAACGCACUUCGCAUAUCACGGACGAGAAGGCACGUCUACUGGCGACUAAAUUAGGCGACGCCUGUUAUUGGUUAAAUUUGUUAGAAUUAUUUGCUCUCACAGGAGUGACUUAUGUUUCAAACAGAGAAAAUUAUUUUAUCCAUGAGAAAAUAUUCAUAGUGUUUAUGGCCGCUGCUCUCCUGCACAUGCUUUGUCGCGCUCGAGUUGGGUGCAUCAGCAGCGACACAGUUGAACCAGUCCGGACCAACAAGCUAGUGUGGAUAUUAUUUUAUGUAGCGAUUGCGGCCACAAUAGGUCUUAUAAUAUUUUUCUUGAGACAUCGAUUACUUUGUCGCCCACUCGCUUUCACAUGGUUUUCAGUGUGCGAAUACAUUCUUGCAACAACAAAUAUGGCGUUCCAUGCAAUCGUUGUUCGUGAUUUGCCUCUGCACCAAAUCCAAGUGGUGUGUCCAACGUACCACAAGACACAC